CUAAUAGUAGGCUUUUCCGUGCUUCAUUCAUGGACGCGUAGCCGAGGAAAACAAAACACGCCUCGCUUCCCCCGCCGUUUCCGCGACCGCGGCGUUGACUCGCUCGGCCCCUUCUCCCACUGCCAUUCCGGCCCCACCUGCCCCGUCCCCACGCGUCAGUGACUGUACCGCGGCGAGCCCAAUUGGAGAGAAAAGCGCACCAGCGGCAGUGUCCCUUCCGGCUCCGGCUAGCGGGAGGGAGUGCGGCGCGGGCGGUGCGGCGGGACCAGUUGGAUUCGUUCGGACUCGGUCCGCGCUAGGGGCCUGUUUGUGACACCUCACCUGUGUCCGUCCGGGCGGCUCGCAGUGUGGUUGGGCUCGGAUGGUCGGUGCCGGACGCCGGGCGCGGAACCCUAACCCUAGGGGCCGGCUAUAUUAGAUGCUGGGUGGCGGCGCCGGAGGCGGUGGCGCGGGCCUGGGACUGGACUUCUCGGCGGUGAUUCAGGCGGCCGUCGUCGGCCUCGUGCUCUUCUCCGCGGCCGUCGUCGCCGUGCGCCGCGCCGCCUCGCGCUACUUCGUCGUCGACGCCGCGGGGUUCGCCGCCUCCUACGACGAUCACCACCACGACCCGAUGGGUAACCCGCAGGAGCAGGGGGCCGCCGCGGCGGACCUCAUGGGGCCCUGCGCCGCGUGUGGUGGCGUCGCCUCCAAGAAGUGCUCUCGGUGCAAGCGCGUGCGGUACUGUUCCCAAGAAUGCCAGACAAAUCAUUGGCAAAGUGAUCACAAAUUCAAGUGCAAACAAAUGAAAUCAUUGGAUCCUGCUGACAAGUUAUCCAGUGGAGGUGAGGCCAACAAUAAAAAAACAUCAGGUUUCGGUCGCAUCUCAUUGGUGCCUGCCUGUAAAAAGAUAAGCAAGGGUCAGGUUCUCUUUCCUUAUGAUGAAUUUUUAAAGUUGUACAACUGGAAGGAAUUUGAUUUCGUACCUUGUGGGCUUAUGAACUGUGGCAACAGUUGCUUUGCUAACGUGGUUUUACAAUGUCUCUCAUGCACGAGACCGCUUGUGUCCUAUCUAUUAGGAAAGGACCAUAGCAGGGAAUGUUCUAUGAGACAUGAAGAUUGGUGUUUUUUAUGUGAGCUGCAAUGUCAUAUUCACAGAGCUAGUGGGAGUUUGCACCCAUUUGCUCCUACAAACAUUCUUUCUCAUCUGCCAAAUAUUGGUGGCAAUCUUGGCUUUGGUAGGCAAGAGGAUGCUCAUGAAUUCAUGAGGUUUGCAAUUGAUAAGAUGCAAUCUGCUUGCCUUGAUGAAUAUGGAGGUGAGAAGGCUGUAGAUCUUAGCACCCAAGAGACAACCAUUAUUCAGCACAUAUUUGGUGGGCGGCUGCAGUCACAGGUUCAAUGCACUGCAUGUGGAAUGGUCUCAAACCGCUAUGAUAAUAUGAUGGAUUUGACUGUUGAAAUUCAAGGUGAUGCCGAAUCAUUGGAAAAAUGCUUGGAUCAGUUCACUGCUAUCGAGUGGCUUGAUGGGGAUAAUAAGUACAAAUGUGAUGGAUGCAACGACUAUGUGAAAGCACGGAAGCAUCUUUCAGUUCAUCAAGCUCCAAAUAUACUUACUAUCACUCUCAAAAGAUUCCAGAGUGGUAGAUUUGGGAAACUGAAUAAGAGAGUUACAUUCCCUAUGGAGUUAGAUCUGACACCAUACACGAGUUGCACUGAUGGAAGUGACCUGUAUGAUCUCUAUGCUGUGGUUGUUCAUCUGGAUAUGCUGAAUGCGUCAUUUUUUGGGCACUAUAUAUGCUAUAUCAAAGGUUAUCAAGGAAGGUGGUAUAAAAUUGAUGACUGCAAGGUUAUGGUUGUUGAUGAGGAGGAAGUACAUGCUCAAGGCGCUUAUAUGCUUUUAUAUAGCAGGAGAACAGCUCGUCCCAAGCCACUUGUUACAGUUGAUGAGUCUGUGAAACAGCAACAACAGUGCAAAUUGCUCCCUUCAAAUGGACAAAGCCACAUGAUACUAGCAGAUGCAACAUUAAACUGUGAAUCAUCUUUGAAGACUACAGAAGAUCCGUUACGACAGGAUUGUGAAUCCAAUAAUGGAUCUUUGCAUGAAAUGGAUAUUAAGGACCAGGAGUCAGACUUGGAUCUAUGUACAAGCAUUGAAGAUGACAAAUUCAUUAGCAAUGAAAAUCUACAUAUACCAGGUUCACAUGUUCUUGAAGAUACUAGAGCUCCAGAUUCCUUUGCAGAGCAAUGCGAGGUGCAACUUGGCCCUCCUUUAGAAGGUGGUCGUAUUACGAUGAGCUCUGUGCAGUUUGGCAGCUCCACAUGCAAAGCAUCUUCAGAACAUUCCUUUGCAGAGCAAUGCGAGGUGCCUGCCCCAUGUAUUGAUUCAGUUGACUAUAUGGAUCUUGAUACCGAAGCUGCUGCCGAAGUUGUCUUAGAUGAUUCAGUUGGGAGGCCGAAUAAUAACUCAGAAAUUCCAACUGCAAAUGGGAUGUCAGGAGAACCGAAACCAUCAUUUUCCUCUGGUUUUUUUGAUAAGCCCUCAAGAAAAAGGUCUUCCUUUGCAGAAGAGGAUAGUGCUGGUUCUCCUCGAAAGUUAAAUGGCUAUUGCAAUGGACAUCUCAGCAGUCUAGAGCAAGGAAUUCUUGCCAACUCUGGAAGUGAAAAGUGCAAUGGAGAUACACUCGCGACAUCCAGUAAUGGCAAUUGCUAUGCAGUUAAUGGUGAUGCACAAUCUCGCAAUGAUUCCUUGGAUGCAGACAAGGGAGAUGUGCCUUUUGUUUCUCAUGGCUUUGAGCCAAGACCUUACAAAGUACUAUCAGACAGCAACAACAAUUGCAGUAGGACAAGCAAUGGGAAACCUAAAGCUUACCAAGGGGACAUGUCAUUUUUACCUCGGGGCUUCCUUGGAAGGUCUAGUUCCAGAGGAAUUUCAGUCAAAGCAGAUGAUGGCUUGCCAUUUAGUAAUGGUGCAUCAUCAUCCUUUGGGAAUGGAAAAAGUAAGUCAAGUAACCACUCAUCUUCUAUAGGUGGCUUGUCUCCUGGUUUCCUUACAAGGCAUCGCAGGGAAUCCAUUGCCCUAGGCACAAGCUCUGACAUUUCAAUGGAUACAAAAUCUAAUGGUGCUGCAGUAAUGCCAGAGGGUGCAGAGGAAAUGGUUUCAGAUUGUACGACAAAUGGAUCUUCGUUCCAAAUAAGAGCGUCCGACCACCUUGAUGAAAAUGGCCUUGCAAUUUUGCACACAAAAAGUAACAGCUGUGGGCAAGAAAAUGACAGUAAUGGAACCCCCAGCAUGAAUCAUGAUGGUUCUGAACAUGGACUGCGCCGAAGAAUAACCUCAAAAUUUUUUGAGCAGGAUGGUAUUGAUGCCCAAUAAAAGCAUGACUGCGUUGCUAUAGCUGGUGAGAAUAGAGACCAUUCGAACACACAAGUGAGAGCCUGUGUGCUCAUGUCAUAGCUGGUAUAUAAACUGAUGAAGGGCUGUGAGCUAGGAAGUAAAUGCUAGCUGAUUGAUUGCUCGAAACUGCAACUGGAGCAAGCAUUGUUUGCUUGAUAGAAUUUUUAACUCAUUCGACACAUGGCUCCCACUUGUCAGAGGGGUAGAGGGGUGUCUCUGGGUUCCCACACAAUUUGUAGAAACCCAGAUGCUCCCCUAAUGCCAUGCUAUUUUGUUGGCAUUAGUGUUAGGUACAUAGCUGAGCGUAGGCUUACUACUAUCCCCUUGAUCCAUAGCUUAAAUAAACUGGAACUACUGACUCCUCCGGUGUCCUGAAAGCUGAAUCAAUUGUAGAGUGAUAAGAGGAAAUUCCCAUGGCUUUCACUUUAUAUUUUGCAUCCCUUUGCCUCGCAUGAUAUAUUUUAUUGUUUUGCUGUGUGAUGAUGGGUGAAACUCUUAACGUUGUUACUCUGGUCACUUCAAAA